UAUGAACCAGAUGAUCAAAGAUCUUGAUAAUGCUAUAUGUGACGGUGAGAAUGGACUUUUUCUCUCGGAAGAAAAUUUACAAGAAGCUUGUAAUUUCAGCCUCGGUGAAAGAGACAAUUAUUUGGAUAGCACAAAUUUGCAGCUUGACACUGAUGAAAGAGAUGGUACCUCGAUUAACCAAUACCCUUUCCAAUAUGAAAUUCCUGAAGUGAUUGCUUGAGACGAUGAUCAUGUGGAAAUCCUGCUAGAGGAGCCAAUUGAAAUAGAACAGCCAGCUGUCUUACUUGUGGACGAAGAAGAACCCUCUACAAAAAUACCAGACCUUUUCCUACCACCUAAAGAAAAAAUUAUUAAACAAGAAAAGGUGAACACCACUAAUAAAUAAGGCUCGCUUCUCAAUUACAGAGUUCGUCCAAACGACUUACAAUGAAUUGGAAGCGAAGCAAAAGAUGGUUGAUCAAGGCUGUUACACAAAGAAGGGUCCUGGUAGGAAAAGAGCCAAUCCAGACAGGACAUCUGAAGAACUUUAUACACUCCUUUGGGAUUAUAUGAACACAAGAUUACGUAAAACAUGUAAUAAAUAAACUAAAUAGGACAGACGCUCUCACAACUGAAUUCGUAAGGAUAUGUGAGAAGCUGCCUUAUUACUUGGUUAUAAACUGCUCGUCUCUUAGCAUAUACAAGAAGUCAUCUUACACUUCUUUCCUUUUCAGCUUCCUUGAAAGUUUCACCAGCUUCUCUUCUUCACUUAACAGCUCUAAUUUGGACAUUGUAAGAUCCUUAGCAGAAUAUGCUAUGAUCUUCUUCCCCAAGACCAAAUGUCUUCAAAUUAUCAAGCUUUUGAAGGAAGAGAACUACGAAGAAAGCUUUUGCUCGAAUCUGGAAAGAAUGAUUGCUCUUAGAGACUGUACAGCCAAGAAGUCUAUCAGAGACUUCGCCCAGAAGUCUUCAAUCUUGAGGAAAAUCUUUUCUCUCGCAUUAAAAGUGCUGAGUCAUAAAAGUUUCCCUAAGAAUGAAUCCUCAGAAUGCCUCAUGAGGUGUGCUGAGUAUUUUAUCAAUGAAUAAUUCAGAUAAUAAUAUUUUAUCGAAAACAUCAUAAUU